GUAAACGGAGCAUUUUGCUCGGACAAAUUCGACGGCCCCGGCAACGUGCUCGCCCACGCGUCUCUCCCGACGGACCAAGCGGGGUUCGUUUCCGAGGUGCACGUCGACGGGGACGAGCCGUGGCACAUUUACGUCAACAAACAUCCCGCGGAUAAGUUUUCCCUGCAUUACACGCUGACGCACGAGAUCGGCCACUCCCUCGGAUUGGUGCACAACAAGCGCAAAACAUCGAUGAUGUUCGCGAUACAACCGGACCAGCAGUAUCCGGUGAAGCUCGACCAAAACGACAUCGCCGACAUUCAACGUUUGUACGGUGAAAAAAUUCCGAACGAUCCGCCGCGUCGGACGCCAGCGCCGCCGCCGCCGCCGCCGCCGUCGCCGGACCUGUGCAGCCUCGAUCGCGUGAACGGGAUAUUGAUUUUGGAAAAUCGAAUGUACAUCUCGUACAAACGUUACGUUUGGUCGAUCGAUCUGGACGGUAGGACGUACAACGGACCUUUAGCCCUCUCGAAUCACAUGAACUUUCUUCACGACAAUUACACGCGCGUGACCGCUGCCUAUCAAUCCCCGUCCGGCGAUUUCGUGGUGUUCGUAGAUAAUUUGGUAUACUUGGUUCAAUAUCCGGAAUUUAGUCUGCGGCCAAGUUGGCCGAAUACCCUGCAAGAACUCGGAUUUCCCGAAAACGCGUUGAUCAACGGAGCGGUGAACACCCACAGAGGACGUUCCUACGUGGUGUUCAACGGUAACGCGGUGGGCGAGAUAGACGAAUGCGACAAGGAUAAGAGAGUCGCCAAAUUUACGCCCCUCGAGGCGACGUUUCCCGGAAUACCAACCGGCGUGACGUCGAUAUUCCGUUACAUCGACGGCAAUCUGUACUUCACCACUCGGGCGCAGUUCUACAAAUUCAACGAAUUUACGAGGACCGUCUCGUCGGCCGGUAAAUUCGAUCUGCGGAUACUGAAUAUCGUCUGCCCUAAGGCCGAACUGCUGCAGCAGUUGCGCGAUCUCCUCGAUCGAAUC